CGGUACGGGGAAUCUGAAGCGGAAGCGGAAGCGGAAGAAGCUUCGUAUCCUUCCCUUCUAUGGACUCCGAUUCCCCCAAAUCACCGAACCGAUUCGUAUUCGCUUGCCUCUCCCUUAAAUUCCACCCCCGCUUCCCGCCCUCCACAUCGAAAGCUCCGCCCCCUCUCUCGAACUCUCCUCUCCUCCGAUCUCUCCCGAUGGGUGCCGACCGGAUCUCGGCUGUGAUUCUGGAUUUGGAUGGAACUCUUCUGGACACGGAGAGGGCAACCGGCGGAAUCUUAGAGGAGUUCCUGGCGAGGCAUGGGAAAGCGUUGGACGCCGCGAUGGAGGAGAAGCGGCUGGGGAAGAUGCACAAGGAGUCGGCGGCUGCCAUCGUCCAGGACUACGGGCUGCCGAUGACACCCGAGGAGUUCUCCGAGGCGAUCAUGCCUUUGUUUCAGGAAAGGUGGCCACAAGCAAAAGCACUUCCUGGUGUUAAUCGCCUUAUCAAACAUCUCCACAACCAUGGGAUUCCAUUGGCACUUGCUUCAAACUCCAUAAGGGAACAUAUUGGGAUAAAAAUUUCCUACCAACAAGGUUGGAAGGAAUCAUUUUCUGUCAUUCUUGGUGGGGAUGAUGUUAGUCAUGGAAAACCUUCUCCCGACAUAUUCCUAGAGGCAGCAAAGAGACUUGGAGUAGACAUAUCAAAAUGUCUAGUCAUUGAAGAUUCCCUGGUUGGUGUGAGAGGUGCAAAGGAUGCUGGAGCAGAGGUUGUUGCCGUUCCAUCUCUCCAAGGACAGGAUGAAAAUUAUUCCAUUGCAAAUUGUUUGCUUCAUACACUAUUAGAGUUUCAGCCUGAGUUAUGGGGCCUCCCAGCAUUUGAAGAUGGGUUGCAAAGUGCAUUGCCAAUUGAACCAUUAUUUAUUGGAGGCCUGGGUGGAGAGGUAGUUUCUUAUGAUGGCUUCUCAAAAAUUGAUAUCACUGCAGAUACUGGCUCGUAUGAAUUUAUUCCUCAUCAAGUAUGGGGUGUCUUCAUUGGUUGGGCAAACAUUGAAAUGCAUGGAAUAUAUAAGGUGGUCAUUUGCAUUGGAUGGGAUACCUCUUCCGGUGCUGCAAAGAGAGUAAUUCUACCAUACUUAAUCGACCAUACUGAAAGCCACAAGAAUGAGCGAUUGCAGCUAUUCAUCGUUGGAUAUGUCAGGAAAUUACAAAAUGAGGGUACUAUGUCGGAGGCUCUUCGGGUAUUCGAAGAAGAUGUCAACAUUGCACGGGCUGCAUUGGAUAUCCCAGUGUUCUCCCUUCCCACAAGUAGCUCCCUCUUUGUGGAAGCAGCCUUUGAUUAGGAAAUGUGUCUUCAAUCAUAAAUACACAUUUAUGCUGAUUUGGAGGCUUUCAUGUAUGCUUUAAUGAUUUGAGUCAAUUAUGUCAUAUUUACGUAUUGAUGCUACCCUUAAAUCAUACUUUAAGUAAUAUUCUGGUUGAAGCAA